AUGACCAGGAGUGCUGAGAACAAGUUUGACGUGUGGUGUCUCGCCGAUGGUCCCGAGGCGGUGAUGGGCCGUCUGACUCCGAAGCCGUUGCCCUUAUCAGCAGUACACGCCACGUCCUUGCGUGCCGAGAAAACAAGGGAACGGCUCACGCACUUGCAUAGCAUCAUACAGCGCUCAUUGGAGCAUGCGGAGAUUCCUCAACGGCGUCCGCGGGACGCUCAACAUCCUCCUCCAGUCCCCACUGCUCGGGAGUCGCCGCCGUCGCCGUUAAAAGAAGGAGGAGGAGGAAGCUACCUGAAUUGUAUGGAGCAACUUGUUCUGGCGCAGUUUGAGAGCCUGGGUAGGAGAGAUAUUAUGCUGGCGCAGAUGGAGGCGUAUGCGGCACACCAAGGGAAGUGGUAUAUGGCGAUGAGUAAUCUUGUGCUGCGUGCCCCAAGGAAACCGGAUGCUGGUCUAUGCUUGUCCGAAAAUGUGGGUCUUAUAAGGCCUCAUGCGCACAGCAACGAAUCAUUUUCUGAAGAACGGCUCUCUGAUGCUAGAUCCAGCCCACACAGUCUGUUAAAUUUGGCCUGGGAGGAGAGUAGUGAUCGUCACUCUUUGACGUUGAAGGAAAAUACUAAUUUUAGUUCAAUAUUACUAAAUGCUGGUACAUUGCAAUGUCUAUCGAGUGUCUCGAGAGAGAGUGACGAGCUAAAAAACGUGCUUGAUGGAACUGUAGUGGUACUGCGUCAGUCAACUGGGGUUGCGAAACUGCUCCUUCGAUGGGAAACUGAAGAGGACAGAGAAGAUAGCAACCUAUGCGACACAAAACGCAGUUUAUCGUCAAGUAGAGAUAUUCACAUCGUGCCGACGACGUUUCUCGACGCAACAAAGGAAUAUGUGGAGAGUAUCGGCUCACAAGAUGCAUUUCCUCUAUACUGCAAUGCUGAGGUGGGCACCGGCAAGGCGCUGCUGAGUCCAUCUGUAGUUGAAGAUGGUGCGGCUGAGCAGUCCCACAUCCAACGUUGUUCCAUCUUUUCACCGAUGCGCUCCCCAAAGCAACUUGUCGUCACACAACCAGACAAAUAUCCAUCUAUCGCCGGCCACAUGUAUCGCAGCUGCACCCCUGACGUGACGUGGCAGCUCCGCUUCUACAAGUUUACCAACGGCGUGUUGCGCUUCUCAAAGCCGGCACCUGAUGGAAAGUGCCUUCACUGGUGGACAGUGCUUACCGCCAAUGAGAUCUUGCACGUUGAACUAAAGGAAGGUGAAGGCGGUAUCGGUGAGGCGAAGCCCCCCCUGUGCUCAAGUGAGAGUUGUUGCUUUUCUGUUUAUUUUAAACGACGCUCCGAUUAUUCCCAAAGGAGACUGCGGUUAUGCUGCACGAAGCAAAACGAGACCAUCACAUGGUUCUUUGCGUUGCGGCACGCCGCACAAGUAGCUGCGUCGCUUAGCACGGCAGCUGCACACGGUCACUGA